AUGCAAGGAACACCGCAGCGCGUACUAGACGAGUAUCACGCUUUGAGCAAGAAACUCGUACCCAGAGGUAAAGCGCUCAUUCUCUUCUCCGCCGAAGGUAACUGCUGGCCGCACAUGGCUGGUGAUCAAGAACUCAUCGAUGGAGGUCGCGAAUACUGCGCAAAAUUUCAUGACAAAGCUAAAGGAUCGAGCAACAAAUAUUUGAAUAGUGGUGGAGUCAUUGGGCCCGUCUCUGCGUUGGCUGAAAUGUAUCAAGAAAUUCGAUCGUUGAUGAAAACCGUGGACGACGAGGAUCAGAUGAUUACCGCAUCCGUGUACGCUAAGCAAAUAGAUGACGAACGCUCUGGGACCCACUCAAAAAGAUACGUCAUCGCUCUUGAUCACGAAGCGCGUGUGUUCCAAACUGGUUGGCACACGCAUUUGGAAAUUACAGGCAAGUACGCUGAGCCUCAAGUGAACGGCGCAUAUUUUGACACCUCGCUGGGCGUCUUCGUGAAUACCGAGCACAACUCCACUCCACCAAUCGCACAUUUCAAUGGAGGAAAAACGAAUCUUCUUCCUGUGGUGCGUGAGAUUUUGCGCCGUAGACGAAUGGGUGACGCGACGUAUGAAACGACACUGCGAAGUAUUCGCGAACGAGAACCAGUGCUCGCUCGAAACUGUACGGUUAUCGACGACACUUUCCGAGCACCUAGCUGA